CGAAGUAUGUACUAACCUGCUUUUAUCAGGUCCAGAAAUUGUCAUAAUUUAUACAGUGUAUGAGAUAAGGUCAGAAGCUAGGGGAAGACAAAGAUGGAGAAAGAGUGUCUGAUUCUUCUUUCGUUUUUACUGUCGGUUUAUUCUUGGAAUCCUGAUGCUGGGUAUGUUCCAUCUUGGACUAAAAUGCCAGGGGUAUCUGUAAAAGCUACAUCUGGCUCUGAUCAUGCUAAGAAUACAAUAGACAACGAUGAUAACACGCAUUGGACUUCUGAAUCCUGUCUUCCAUCCGGGUAUGUGUCACGUGAUGACGAAAAUAUCAUACUAAAUGCCUGUAGCCAUGGCCAUUGUAGUGUUGAAUGCGGGUCUGUAAAUGACCUGGUAAAGAUGACGGACGGAAACUUCUAUACACUAUCACAUGUAAAUGUAAACACUAACGCAACAGGUCAACAAAAAGCCAAAAUGAUGGUCCAGUUCCCAACUCCAAUGCAUCUGCACUUAUUAUCGGUAUGGGGUAUAUAUAAAACUGAAACAGAGCUACGUGUUAUUUACUGGAAUGCAACAACGGAAGUGUUGAAAUCUUUGCAGCAUUCUGAUAAUUAUAAACAAAUAACAAUCACAAAGGUUCUCAACAAUGUAAAAGAAAUAUCAUUGCAAUCAAACAGCAACUUUCAGAUAAAAGAAAUCGCCUCAAUUGGCUCAAAGGGCUGCCGGGAACGUAUAACCGUGGAUUUGGGAACGCUAAGAGAAGUGGGAAUGGUUCGGACAAGGCAUUGGGCCGGUUCUAAUUCCGCAACUGGGCUGACUAUGCUAUUUUCGGCUGACAACACUGCGUUUACUCAUUCCGUAUCGUUAAUUCCAAAUGCACUGCAUGCCGUCAACACAGACUUAAGUCCACCAAGGACUGUUCGAUACAUCCAAUUAGAGUAUCAACUGUCACAAAAGAACUAUGACAAAGUUUAUUGUUGGGAGAUUGACGCAUGGGAUCAUUUAACGUUAUGGGGCAAAUCAGUGACUGCUAAUACACAGAAAAACACAAUAAGGUAUAUACUUGGAGUCAAUGGUAUAUGGGGGUGGCAACACAGUAAAUACAGCAGUUUGCUGAAAAGCAACGAAGGUCCAAAUUUAUACAAUUCCGUUGCUUCACAUGCAAGAAAUUAUCAGAACUUAGACUGGGAUGUAACGAGUCCAAGUAAAGACCCUCAGUAUGACCAAAUGGCAAAUAACCAUGGUACCCAGGCUAAAAGCUGGCUUAACUGGGAUACUGAAUAUUCCGCAUGGCGAAAAGCAAACCUUAUGAUCGAUGUGUCGUUUCAGUUUACGAAUAAGUCUUUUCCUCAGAAAGUUUGGCAAAGCCCCGAAAUAGAAGCGUUUAAUUUAGGAAAACAUUUUGCUAGACAUUUUGGUUCAGAUCAUGGAAAUAGCCUUGUUGACGCAGUUGAAAUCGGUAACGAACCUUGGGAUUAUGAGGCAAGUUUUUACAAUAAAAUUUUAAAAGGUAUGAGUGCAGGUCUGAAAGGAAUGGAUUCGAAAAUCAAAAUUCUUCCUGGCGCUUUCCAAGCUCACGAUAGGCAUGAUACAGGAAACUACAUUGGCACUCGCGUUACUCAGAAUAUUGCUGUGAACAUAAGUGUGAUUAAUUUUCACACCUACAGCUUUAGAACAAACAGUAACGGAGUUCGCAUAGGAACUUAUCCAGAACACCAAGAUUCUUCAUUUAACAGCAUAAGAAACAUAGUUCGAUGGAGAAAUAGUAAUAUGCCAUCAAAGCCGAUAUGGGUGACUGAAUGGGGCUGGGAUGCCGAUGGGAAAGGUGAAAGCUGCACAUUUCCUGAGUGUGUAUCAGAAGCAGCGCAAGCAUUGUAUGGUAUUAGGGGACUUCUAAUUCUCGCGAGAUCUAAUGUUCAAAAAGUCACAUGGUUUUUCUAUGCAAAUUCACAGUAUUGUCAUACACUGUUCUGUCGAAGUGGUUUAACUGCAUCCACAACGCAUAACUUUGCGAAGAAAAAUGUAUUUUAUGCUUUUGAAGGAAUACUUAAUCUUAUUGGUGAUAAGUACUUCUUAGGAAUUUACCAGGAAAAUAACAACGGUUAUGUUUAUUUAUUCGGGUCAUCUCACGCUGACAUAUCUGGACACUCUAUGUCACGACAACAACUCCUUCGGCAUGCCUCGCAUAUUGUUGCAUGGAAACCUGUGGAUAUUUUGGAAGUGUCUACCUCGACUAUUCAUUUGCAGCUAAGUGCUCGAAUCAAUCAAGUUUCGUUACACAAAUUUACAGGUCAGUUUCCGGCAAUUAAUAAUAUGAUGGUAGCUGUCAACGGAACCGUCUUUGAUAUAGAAUUGUCUGCACAUCCGGUAGUUGUCGAUAUUCGCCAAUCAAAUGUUGGCACUGGACAGAUUAUUGGUUAGCAAGUGAUUAAUUAUUAAUCAUAUUAUUCCAGUUAUUUCGAAACAUUAAAACUGAUUUUGCAC